UUUAAACUUCUUUUUCUCACUCUUACCACGGCUGUGAAUUGUUACGGUUGCAAUAAUUGUCAUCAUGAAUUGUUUGUACAUUACGCUGUGUUUUUCGAUAGUAUCAGUGUUGAUAAAAUUAAACGACGCUCACGGUCUUACAACUUUCGGCAAAUCGCAGAGCAUCCAUCCGCAAACACCACCACCGUUCCAUCCUGUUUCAGCCAAAUCGUGCAUAAAUCAUACCCAAUGCAAACCAAUACCCCAAACAAGCUGUAUAGCAGAUAUUAGAGACCCUUCAAAAAAAUAUUGCUUGUGUGGAGAUAAUACUGCACCUACUAAUGGCUUAUGUCAAACUACACGAAAAGGGGCUGGACAUUUGUGUUCAGACGAUUGUGUAGAAGAUGCAACAUGUCUCGAGGAAGAAGGAAACAGUAACAUAAAAGUCUGCAAAUGUAACGAGGGUUUCAUUGUAACACCACAUGGGUACUGUAGCGGUGCUGUCUCUGCUCAAAUUGCAACAGUCGGUCUUUUGUUGAUGGUGAUGUUGCAUUUUCCGAUUUUAACAACAAUUGCUUAAAAGAUGAUACGAAUAUUCACAUUGCAGCACAUUAACACAUAAAAAGUUGUGUCUAAUAAGUCGAAUAUGGGGACAACAUUUUCAGUUUCCGUUUAUAAUUUGUUCGCACCCGCCUCUGUAGAAUACGUGUGUCAGGAUGAUAUUUUUCAAUAAUCAGUAUUACAUUUAACAACAAAUUUUAGCUUAUAGACGUACUGUAUAUUUGAAGGAAUUAUUAUUUGUACAAUUACUUUAUUUUCUUACCGUCUAUAUUUGGACUAAUUCAUAAUAAUGAACGGUUCAAUUAACUUUUUAGUUGUAAUACCUACGUAUAAUAUAUUAUAUUAAUUUCGUGUUUUUCGUUAGAAAUCAGUGUUUGUCGAAAUUUACUUGUUACUUCAAAUUGUGUAUAAUUGUGUAGUAAUUGUGUGAAAAAUAUAUGAAAUUAA